CGAGGCCUGAGGGAGCGUACGCGAUGCUGGAGACCCUGCGCGAGCGGCUGCUGAGCGUGCAGCAGGAUUUCACCUCCGGGACUGCUCCAUACUUACCAAAGUACUCUGCUGGACUGGAAUUACUUAGCAGGUAUGAGGAUACAUGGGCUGCACUUCACAGAAGAACCAAGGAGUGUGCCGACGCUGGCGAGCUGGUGGACAGCGAGGUGGUCAUGCUGUCUGCCCACUGGGAGAAGAAGAGGACCAGCCUGGCCGAGCUGCAGGAGCAGCUGCAGCAGCUGCCAGCUCUCCUCCAGGAUUUGGAGUCCCUGAUGACAAGCCUGGCUCAUUUAGAGACGAGUUUUGAAGAGGUAGAAAACCACCUGCUGCAUCUGGAGGACUUGUGUGGGCAGUGUGAGUUAGAAAGACACAAGCAGGCUCAGGCUCAGCACCUGGAGAAUUACAAGAAAAGUAAGAGGAAGGAGCUUGAAGCCUUCAAAGCUGAACUAGACGCCGAGCACACGCAGAAGGUCCUGGACAUGGAGCACAGCCAGCAGCUGAAGCUGAAGGAGCGGCAGAAGUUCUUCGAGGAAGCUUUCCAGCAGGACAUGGAACAGUACCUGUCCACGGGUUACCUGCAGAUCGCAGAGAGGCGAGAGCCCAUGGGCAGCAUGUCAUCCAUGGAAGUGAAUGUGGAUGCUCUGGAGCAGAUGGACCUGAUGGACAUCUCUGACCAGGAGGCUCUCGAUGUCUUCUUGAACUCUGGCGGAGAGGACAAUAUUGUGAUGUCCCCUGGUGUGGAGAUGGAAUCCAACCCCAGUCAGAAUGAAAUGAGUCUUCAGAUUGCAAAUCCCUCAGAAUCAGCAUCCCAGCCACCUGCCUCCUCACCCUCUGCCUGCACUGACCUGGACACUGCUGAUGCCCCCCUCAUCCAGGCUGAUGAGGAGGAGGUACAGGUAGACACAGCCUUGGUCACAUUACACACUGACAGGAAGUCCACCCCAGGUGGCAGUGAUGACAGUGACCAGUGUGACUCAACUCAGGACAUUUAAGUGACUUGUCAGCUGUGCGCAGAGUCCUCCUGCAAAGUCAGGUGCUUAGAGGUUUUUGAUUUGAUACAGUUGCUAAUGGGAUGUGAGACCCAUUAGAGAAGUGCUCACAAUAAAGCUGAUGGGAACACUGUGCACAGGGGAGUAUCUGGGUUGUACAGAAGCCUCUGCCUUGACAGCUUCUUACAGUGGAUAUGACCAAGAGUUCCUAAAGGAACAUAGGUGUGAAGGGCCACUGGAGAUGGGACAGAAGGAAAUAGGUCCUAGAUCAGGCUGUAUGGAAUUCAUGCCCUACCAUAAUGGGAGGUGGAGUCUGUUAGCAUAACCCAUACUGGUCAAAUUGGGAUCUGAAAAACUUAAUUUUACCUAUCAUCAUCAGGUGAAAACAUGGACCUCAGCAGAAAUAAACUUGAAGCAAAACAA